AUGAACCUGGAGGAACGGAGGAUCGUGCUGCUGGGGAAGACUGGUGCUGGGAAGAGUGCAACAGGAAACACCAUCCUGGGAAAAAAUGCAUUCAGAUCAGAGCGAUCUUUAGAUUCUGUAACAGAACACAGUGAAUAUGUAGGGACUCGGGUAGGAGAAAAGUUCAUACAUGUGGUUGAUACACCAGGAUUCUUUGACACAAGAUCACUGACACAAGAUCAGUUAGUGAUGGAGUUGUGCAGGAGUGUUUAUCUCUCACAACCAGGAGUUCAUGCUUUCAUUCUGGUUUUUAAGUUUGCACCAUUUACAGAACAGGAAGAAGAAAUAAUUAGGAGCUUACAGAAGUUUUUUGGGGAGCAGGUUACAGAUUGCAUGAUCAUUGUUUUCACCAAUGGUGAUGGUGUAGAAGAUGAAAUUAUAGAUGAGGAAAGAAGCAGGAAUGAACAUCUCAGAAGGGUGUUAGACCAGUGUGGAGGAAGAUUUCACAUCUUUAAUAAUAAAGAACCACAGAACAGACAGCAGGUCACUGAACUUCUGCAGAAGAUAGACAGGAUGCCUCCACAAAAUAUAGACACCAAAGUGCAGUGGAAUGGAGGAUUUUUCACUAAUAAGAUGUAUGAGGAAGCACAGGGCUCAACCUGGGAGGAAUUAUGGGAGAAACACAAGCCAUUCUUUCAUAUUGGAGCUGGUGUUCUAGCAGCAGUAGUAGUAGGGUAUGUGGUAGUAACAAAAAAUGUGAAUCCUGUUCAGGGACUGAUGUCAAUGUGGAUGAAUGGAAAGAUAAGGGUGAAAUCAGAAGAGCUUUUUAUGGCUGGUUUAGUAAGAGUAGUAGUAGGUUUAGCUUUUGGUAUAAAUAAAAGCAGGGCGUUUUAGUAGCAGAAAAACUGAAAUAAAUGCAGAGCUACACAAUAA